AUGACAGUCUCCUCCCAGCGAUCGCCUUUUCUGGCUCUUCCUUCAGAGAUUCGCAACGAAAUCUAUGCGUACGCGUUCGAAGACGGCGAGCUUGAAAUCGAUCAGCAAUACCGAGACCGCACGACACCCGCUCCGGGACUGGUGUUUGCGUGUCGACAGACGUACGAGGAGGGAUUGAGCAUGUACUACAACGCAUUGAGCAUCGUCAGCAAAGAUCCAUGGAUCUUGAAGAUGUGGUUAUCAUAUUUGAACUACUUGCCGGACGGACACCAGUUCAAGUUGAUCAAGAGGGCGUAUCUUGAUUGUCGAAACCGAUCCGAGCAGAUGUUGCCUCUACAGUUGGGACAGCGAUUUGCUUUGAACCACCAUACGCAGCUGUCGCUGGACAGUGUCAAUGGCGAGUUGGCGAAGAUUCGGCAGGUUCGAGGGCCGAGUCUUGAGGUGAAAGUGUGUAUUGCGACGCCGAGCCAGCAGUUGAUAUGGACCGAUGAGCCGUUCAAAUUGGGCGAGGCGAUGGAGGAUCGUUGGAAUGCGCUCGGGGUCGAUCAGAAACGCCAGCUAUGGCUAGAAGGAUGGUCGCCGUCAGGGCUGAAUGGGCUAAGCUGGAGCAGGCGGUGA